GUGUACUUGCAGCGGCCCCAAGGCGUCGAUGUGUCCACCGCGCGCACCGCGCGCAACGGGUCCCCGACGCCUCCAGCGACUAGGAACUUCGUAGUAUUGCCUCCCCCAAGGCCCCCGAGCCCUCCCGGGCCGCGCCCGCGCCGCGGACCCGGCCAGGGGGCGCGAGGCCCCUUUGCGAAUCAAAAAAAUCGCAGAGCGCAGAACGAUCUGGGGCGGCGGCCGUCUACGGCGCAAGCGCGGCGCAGAGGACCAUGGCGACGGACGAGAACAACCACAAGAACGAGGCGCGCGACGACUGGACCGGCUGCACCUUCCGGGUGGAGCGGGGGCCCAGCAGCGAAGGCCGGGCCUGGGGCAUGGCCGACAUCCUCCGCGCGCUCGACGCGUCAUCGUUCUCACGCCUCGUUCCCCUCCGCAGACGCAUGGACCGGCGUCCGCUACUCGAAUCGGUGUUCUUCGCCGCCGCGCCGCCGCGGGCCUUUUUCUCGCGCGCCUCACUCGGCCGACGCCCGCAGGACGGGAGAAGACGGCUCGACGCCCUUCUGGCGCAAGGCCGGCACGUCGUUGUUUACCUACAAGUCGCGCGCCUGGCGCAUGCGCUACGCCCAGGCGCAGUUCCAACUGGUCAAAUGCGCGAGCCGGCGCGGUCGUCGUCGCGCGCAGCCCGUUCCAACGUUUCUACGCAUAGGCAAGGACGACAUGGCGCCCGUGUUCGGCGAGGGCGGCAACCUGCCGACGCGGUUUUUCGAGCUGGACCGCGAGAUGCUGAAGCGCGAAGGGUUCGACUUCGAGAAAUUCGCCAAGAAGGUGCGGUGUUUCGAUCCUCCAUUCAACAUCAACUCGCCACGUCGCAGGCGAUGCAGGACACCGUCACGUCCCGCGAGCUCUUCGAGCGCAUGCCGACGCGGCCGGCGCUCGCCGAGCCCGAGGUCGCCGCGCACAAGGUGCGCUCCUACGAGGACGACUCGACCGACUGGGCGCCCUCGGGCGGCCGCGCGGCGGCGCCCGAGCAGCCCGCGCAGCCGGCGCGGCGGCGGCCAGUGCGCUCGACGCGGAACCGCGACCCUGUCUACACGGGGCAGAAGACGAUCGGUGGCACGGCGCCCAAGCGCUCCGCUCCGCUCGUCCGCGUCGGCACGGAGCUGCGGUUUGAACUGAUUGCCAAGCCGGCGCUCGGGAGCCACGUACACGGCGCGGAAUAGCGUCCGACGCCGAACCGUUGCUUUAUCCCUUUUUCGCAGGUGAACGGGCCGUCCGCGUCAUGGGCAACAUUUUCGCCAUCGC